UUGAACAUUUGUUUCUAAAAAAUCCUUUGUUUCCUAGGAUCCUCAGUGCUCUUAAAAAAACUAAGUCGAUCAACAUGGUGAAACCUUUUUUAAUCACCUCUAUUAUUCUCAUGUCCUUCAUUUCUUACAUCCCAGCAUCCACAAUUGCUGAAGCUGCUAGGCUUGCUGGAGGUGCUGAUAACCGUUAUUAUGUUGAUUCUUUGAGAGAUUUAGAGAGGCCUGCAAGUUCGCCGCCACCUUAUCCAGAGCCAGCUUCUCCAACACGUUAUGGUGUAGAUUCAAGUAAUAAUUGUAACAUGAGAUACGUAACAUCUACAACGGAAGUUGGAAACAAUAAUAUUGCUUUAGAGAGGCCACAUUUUCCACCACCACAUUAUCCAAGACCAGCCCCUCCAGUGCGUUAUGAAGCUCCAACUAAUGAUCAAUUAUCUGCUAAUGAUAUGGCCUCAACAUUCUCAUAUAGGAGUGCUAUAUAAAUUUUAUUGAAUGUAUGAUCUUCUCUGUAUCAUAACGUGAGAUAGAGGAUUGGAGCAAGUAUUCAAGCUUCCGAAUUCGAGGCGAAAGGCUUAGGUUCGAUUCUCAACAGGCUCACUCUUGGAGAUCAUAAAAGAUAUAUAUAUGCAUGUAUCAAUAUAUCAUACGAUUGCUAUAUAGGACUUUAUGCUUGCUACUUUCUACUGUCUACAGUUCUAUACUAUGCUUUGUUUUGAGUUUCCUGCAGCACUGCAGAAGUCAUCCAUGUUUCCUAUGUAUGUUGUUUUGGGAGAGGAGUUAUUGUAGUAAUGGCUCCUUGCCAAUUCCUAGUGUGAGGUUUGGAUUAUUACCUACUAUAAUAAAAUGUAAGCUCAUAUUGUGUGUAAAUGUUUUCUUUUAGUAAAGGUGAACAUGUUGCUUGGAGUACCAAAUUAUUAAAAGUUGUACUAUUAUGUA